AUGGAAAAUUAUGUAAUUGAAUAUAUUUUUUUGUUGAAAUGUUUUAUAUUUAAUUUGAACAGCAGUAAGAGGUGUUCCCUCUACAGAUAUAUAAUUUUCUUCAUUUAUUUAAAAAAUAUUUUAUUAGCGAAAAAAUGUAUGAGGACAAAGGAAAAUACACAUUUCUCUUUUAUUAGAAAAGUAGUACCUUCUGUCAAAGCGCAGAAUUUUUUACGAAACAGUGAUGAUAAAAAUAUCCAUAACAUUUAUUAUUUAAAGAAAAAGUAUGAACAACAAGGAAAUAAAAAUAAGAAGACUGUUGUUUUUAUUGAAAAGGGUACUUCAAACGAUGAGAAUAAAGUAAGUUAUAUAAAAGGCAAUUUUAAAAAUAAUAGUAGUGUAAAAGAAAUCAAAUCCUUGAGUAAUUUACAAAAAAAUUUUAUCUACCUCCUCGAACGGAAUAAUAAUGUUCUUAUGCAUGCAAAGACAUCUAGUGGAAAAACAACUAUUUGUUUAUUUUAUUUUAUUUUAAAAUUUUUUUACAAUUGUGAAUUUGUUUUUGACGAAGAUAUUAACAGAGACAGAUAUUUGUAUAACAGUGCAUAUUACAAAAAUUUUUAUAAUAAUAACUCAGAUGACCAGCAUGACUACAGCAGCUAUAACCAUAGUAACUAUAAUAGCCACAGCAAUUAUUAUAACUACAUCAACUAUAAUAAUUGCAGUACCAUAUAUGGCUUAAAUAAACAGGCGAAAAAAGGAGGGCAUGCAAAUAAGCUUAAGUACACAUCAUUUAGUGAAAAGUAUGAGGAAAUUUAUGAUAUUAAAGAAAACAAAGAUUUAUUACUAGAAGGAAGAUUUAAAAGUGUAUUAAAAAAGGGGGAAAAAAUUCUUAUUUUAUGCCCAUCUAAAGAAUUAUGUGUACAGAUUGCUCAGAAUAUACUAUCCUUUAUAAAUAAUAAAAAGGCACAAAUUGUUAAGUUGUUUAUUGAUAAGCAAGAUGAGGUGAUAGCAAAGCAAAAACAGAGUACGAGGGAUAUAAUAAAAAACAAAAAAAACGAAGAGCAAAAAGGGAAAUUAGACAUAGAUCCUUCAAUAACCAAAGAUAUUGGUGAUAAUGUAAACCCCAAUUUGUUUAAGAACAUAAAAAACAGUGUUAAUGGUGAAAAAAAGGUGGGACAAAUAAAAAGACACAAGUUGGGAAUAAACAUGAAGUUGGCUAGCUCAGACAGCAAUAACAGUAAGAUAAGCAACAUAAGUAACAACAAUUAUAACAGCAGUAAUAGUGAUAGUAAUGACAUUAAUAAUAAUAUCAAUAAUAACGCUAAUAGCCGUAAUAGCGAUGGGGGCCAUAUUUUCCAAAAUAUUGAAAACCUAAGCGACGCGAUUAUAUUCGAUGAAAUGAAAACUUUAAGGGACUCUACUUUUCUUGUAGGAACCCCUAUGUGCUUUAAAAAUUACAUCUUAAAGCUAGAAAAGGGUAUGUUAAAAUCUUUUUUACAAAGUAUUAAAUAUAUUUUUUUUGAUGAAAUUGAUAGGUUGUUUCCGUCAGUUAAGAGAUGCAGAUCAUUAAGAACGAAAAAUAAUAUUAAAAGAAAAAACGCACAUUUAAUAUUGGAAACGUUAAUGUAUAUGAAUAGAAAAGAUACAGUUUUUGUUGGAUGUUCAAGUACUCUAAAUAGGGAAACACACAGACGAAUAUGUAAGCUUCUGUGUUUGAACAGAGGCAAUGAAAAAAAGAAAAUUUACGUGUUGAGGGAGAAGAACUAUUCAUCGGGUGCAUUCGGUGACACGGAUAGUGCGACGCCAAGUGACAUAACAAGGCACAUGACAAGUGUCGAUCUGAGUAACAAUCUGAGUAGCAAUCUGAGUAACAAUAUGAGUAACAGUCUGAGUAACAAUAUGAGUAACAGUCUGAGUAAUAAUAUGAGUAACAGUCUGAGUAAUAAUAUGAGUAACAAUAUGAGUAGCAAUCUGAGUAACAAUAUGAGUAAUGAUAUGAGUAACGAUAUGAGUAAUGAUAUGAGUAACGAUAUGAGUAACGAUAUGAGUAACAGUCUGAAUAGCAAUCUGAGCGACACUCCAAGUAACAGAAUGAAUAACGGAGUGAUCAAAAAUUGUGGAAAGCCUAAGGAGGAGGCACAAAUAAACAAAUUGGGAAAAGGCUCACACUGUGACAGUAUACAUGAGAAAAGUUGUUCCACUAUGUGUUCUCAUGAGCAAAACAGCUUCAAUAAAAAGGAGGGUAAAGAAUGGGAUAAAGAAAAUGCUAAUCUAUUCAACUUUGAUAAUUACAUAAAUAGUGAAGAUACAUUGCAAAAAUAUGUUAUAAAAGUUAGAAUACCGAACAGUAUAUAUCAUUUUUAUCAUGUAGUAAGUGAUCAAUUAUAUAGCAGUAAAAUAAAGGAAGCUUAUGAAAUAAUAGAAGAUUUUAAAAAUAAAAAAAUUCUAAUUUUAGUUAAAAAUGGUUACUCAUUAAUGGAUCUAAAAAAAUACCUAAACGAAAAAAAAGUUUUCUCAGUUUUACUCCAUGAGAAGUUACAAAUAUCCCUACGGCACAACAACAAGAAUUUAAGUAAAAUGUGUAGAAGUUACGAAGACAUAAAAAAUUUAAGAGAAAUCGCUUCUAGGGAUGAAGAGGUAGAAAAGGAGGUAAAAAAAGUAAUAGAAUCAAAAGAAGCAACAACAGAAGCAGAAGUGGAUGUGAAGGUGGAAAAAGAACAAAAACAAAAAUAUAUAAAUAAAUUUCCCAUUAUUAUUAGCUCCUUUGACAGUAUUCGGGGUUUUCAUAUAAAUAACCUAGACAUUGUUAUACUAUGUAAUAAGCCAAAAAAUGUAAAUGAAUAUAUUCAUUUGUGUGGGAGAGUUGGCAGAAGAGAUAAUAUGGGACAUUCAAUACUAUUGGAAGAUGAAAAAAAUAUUAACAUGGUCAGAAAUUGGUUAAAUAACAUAAAAGUGGACUUUAACAAAUUGCGCUUGAAAAGAGACUUAUCAAAAUUAGGAAAAUCUUCGAGUGAAGAGAAAACAACCCAGAAGAAAAACGACUUGAAUUAUAUUUCAUCGUGUAUAUUAAAUGAACUGGGCGAUAACACAUUGUGUAUAUAG